UAGCGGAGAUGCCGGUGGGGGAGGAGUAGUCCGAAGGGAACGUGGGUUGAACGUAACAACUAGGUGGUGUGGAGUUCGGACCGAUCCGGUACGAAGAGGGGGAGUUCCAAUUGCAGGGUUCAUUGAAAAAUCCUUAGUGAUAUUGACAUGUUUCAAGUGACAUAAAUUAGCCAAUGACUCGGAAUGAUGGAUUCUCCGAAGAUUGGAAAUGGUUUGCCAGUGAUUGGACCAGGGGCUGAUAUAGGGAAUUAUAAUUCAGCUAAAGCUACCUCAGAUGGGUAUUGCCCCGCUUGUAGAGAGAAGGGAAAAGUAAAAGCCUUAAAGACUUACCGAAUUAGUUUUCAAGAAUCUAUCUCUUUGUGUGAGGAUCUGCAGUGCAUUUAUCCUUUGGGCUCUAAAUCACUUAGUAAUUUAAUUUCUCCUGAUUUGGAAGAUUGUCACAUUCCAAAUAAGCCUCAAAAAAGAAAGAUCUUAGAAACCAGCUGUAAUGAUUCACCUUUUUUAGCAAAUUCCAAAAAGACUAGAAAUCAUCUUGUUACUGAUGGAGAACAAGUUUUGAACCGCAAAUAUGAUGAAAUCUUGUCAAACUUACCCAAUAGUAGUAGUCAACAGAAUUCAGUUAGAACUGCUCAUUCCUUGGAUCAUAAUGAGACCUUGGACGCUGAUAAUGUUGAUAUGGCUGAAGAAGAUCCUAUUACUGUUGAUGUCUCUGAAACUGGGGGAAUUUCUCCUCAGAAUGAAGGAUAUACAUCUGAACUGGAAAUGCCGUUGGAGAUCAAAUGUUCGUCAUUUCUCCAGACUCUCUGUGUCCAGUGGAAAAAUACUAAUGCUCUCUGUUGGUUAGACUGUCUCUUGUCAGCUUUGGUACACUUGGAAGAGUUAAAGAACACUGUGACUAAAUUGUGUUCUAAGGAAGAAUCUGUGUUUUGGAGGUUGUUUGAAAAAUAUGAUCAAGCAAGUAAGCUUCUGUAUAACAAUCAUUUGGAUGGAGUUAAAGAUGGAGAGUAUAAAAUUACUUCAAAAAUAUUCACAGAGAUAGAGACCUGUCUSAAUGAAGUCAGAGGCGAAAUUUUUAAUGAACUGCAGCCCCAGCUUAGAUGCACAUUGGGUGAUAUGGAAAGCCCUGUGUUCGCAUUUCCCUUGCUCUUAAAAAUAGAACCCCACAUUGAAAAGCUCUUCACAUAUUCUUUUUCUUGGGACUUUGAAUGUUCACAGUGUGGGCACCGGUAUCAAAACAGUCCUAUGAGAGUCCUCCUGCACCUGAACUGUCUCAGCCAUACUUUCUGCAUCCCUGAGUCCUCUAGGUGUAUGAAGAGUUUGGUCACCUUUACAAAUGUCAUCUCUGAGUGGCACCCACUUAAUGCUGCCCAUUUUGGCCCAUGUAAUGCUUGCAACAGUAAAUCACAAAUAAGAAAAAUGGUAUUGGAAAAAGUAUCUCCCAUAUUCAUGUUGCACUUCGUAGAAGGCUUACCACAGAAUGACUUGGAGCACUAUGCAUUUCAUUUUGAAGGCUGUCUUUAUCAAGCAACAUCCGUAAUUCAGUACCAAGCAAAGAAUCAUUUUAUAACUUGGAUUUUAGAUGCUGAUGGAAGUUGGCUAGAGUGUGAUGACUUAAAAGGUCCAUGUGCUGAAAGGCAUGAGAAAUUUGAAGUUCCUGCUUCAGAGAUACAUAUUGUUAUUUGGGAAAGAAAAUCAUCCCAUGUGACAGAUAAGGAAGCUACCCACCUUCGCCUUCCGAAGACUAAUGACAAGCACACUUUUGGUGAGAAGAAACCAGCAUCUCCAGCAUGGUGUUCUGUGGAUGAGGCUGCCUCAGCAGAAACGUCCUCAGCGACUCACCCUACACAUGUAUCGUCAGUUGUUUCUCAUGCUAUUCCACAGGACAAAGCUAUAGCUCAUGAAAAUCGGGAUGAAAAAACUUUGAUUGAUGGUAUUAUUUUACCUUUGACACUUAAAGGAACUAUCCAGAAAACUGCCCCAGAUUUCCCCAUUAACUCCAAAGUUCUCCCAUCAGAAAACAAAUCUGUGACAGAAAAUAUAGGGCUUGGCAAAGCAAAUACUUUGCCAUCUCAAGAAUCACUAAAGGCUUCUUCAGCAUCUAGUCCACAUAAAGAAAAGCUUACCCAAGCCCAAUUUGUGGAUUUAAGCUUUCCAUCACAAGUUGUAAAUGUGAACACACAGUCAGUGCAGCCAAAUUCAGGAGAUAYGUCAAUUACCACAUCUAUGAACAGUAUUCAUUCUACUAGUCAUGUACAGGGAAUGAAGUCAGUAGAAAUUGAGAAGGAGACUGAGUUAAAACAGUUUCUUCCACCAAAAAUUGAGAAAUUAAAACCGGAACAACUUGCUACAUCUCAGGUAUCUAAUUUGAAGAAAAACACUGCAGCAGAUUCUCAAACCGUAAUAGCCAAGUCAUCACAGAAUCAGCCUCCAAAAGAAAAUCAGAAGAAACCAUUUGUGGGAAGUUGGGUUAAAGGCCUGUUAAGCAGAGGUGCUUCUUUUAUGCCACCUUGUGUUUCCGCUCAUAAUAGAAACACUGUAACUGAUUUGCAGCCCUCAGUUAAAGGGGCAAAUAAUUUUGGUGGAUUUAAAACUAAAGGUCUAAACCAAAAAGCUAACCGGUUAUCUAAGAAAGCUCGAAAGAGUGCAGAUAAGUCUCCUCCAGUYUGCAGUCCUCCACCAGGUCCUCUGCCAUCAGGUACCACAGCUGUUCAUCCGCACACUGGUGGGAACAGCACUUCAGAACUUCUGAAGAAGUGUGAAAGUGCCUCCCAGGGAGUUCACCUCAGCCAUGAUUCUCACAGAAAUGAAAAUGGUGUUUCUUUAGGAAACCAUGGAGACUCAGUUGAAGGUCAGAUUCAUAAACUUCGUCUCAAACUUCUUAAAAAGCUAAAGGCAAAAAAGAGGAAAUUAGCUGCUCUUACAUCUUCCCUUCAAAGUGAAACACUUCCAAGUGAAAAUUUAGAACCCGUGCCCCAUUGUGGGUCUCCAAAUGACUGUGAAUCAAUAGAAGACUUGUUAAAUGAACUACAGUAUCAAAUUGAUAUUGCAGAUAAUAAGUCUGGAUGUACCACUAUUCCUGUUUCCUCCUAUAGUGGUCAAACUCAUGAAGAAAUUUUAGCAGAAUUAUUGUCCCCUACAACUAUUUCAACAGAGCUCUCAGAAAAUGGGGAAACUGACUUCAGAUAUUUGGAAAUGGGAGAUAACCCUUUCCCAGUACCCAGUGAAUUAAAUGAUGUUCCCCAGAACAAACAUCUGAAACAGGACCAUAAUUAUUGCAGCCCCACCAAGGGAAAUCAAUGUGAAGUUCAUCCAGACUCACUCACGAAUAAUGCCUCCCUAAGAACCUCAAACUUGGAGAGCCCCAUGAAGACUGAUAUUUUCGAUGAAUUUUUUUCCACUUCAGCAUUAAAUUCUUUAGCAAAUGACACAUUAGACUUACCUCAUUUUGAUGAAUAUCUGUUUGAGAAUUGAUGAGUGCUUGUUAACUCUUUAGUGUAAUAUUUAUUGCUCUUAGAAAUACAUAACUGUAUUUUCAGGUAGUGUUUAUACACUGACCUUGUGUUAUAAUCUUGAAUAAAAUGUAAGCUGAUGAAGGUUUUACCUUUGAUUCUGCCCAUGAGUCAUAGAAUCAGUUUUACAAAUAAAAAUGAUCAGGAAAUGUGUUUUUGUUGUUGGUUUCAUUUUGUACUUGUGGGAGAAUGAGGAUUUSAGAACAUUAAAGAUGAAAAGAUUGUUUAGUUCCUGAAGAUUUAUACAGUUGGGUGCA